AUGAAAAUGUUUCCUAAAUUAUUUUCCCUUGUAAAUUGUUCAUUGAAAUCUUUGAGUAUAAUAUCAAUUGCGACUUUGUUAAUUGGUGUUGAUUGUAAUUUCCAAAUUGAUGAAUCAAACAUUUGGAUUCCAAUUUUCGAUAACAACAUUGGUCAGCCUCUUUUCAUGUUCCAUCAAGACUUUAACUUUGUCCGAACGGAAUAUUCAUCGAUAGAAAUGAACAAAGAUCCAGCGAAAGUUGGACCUGGUGGACUAGAGUACAAUUUCACGAAAGCUUAUCCAAUGUACAUAAAUUCGAGUUUCAACAAAUUGUUCUCGGAAAAUAAUACGCAGAUCGCAAGGUUCGAAGUGUCGGCAUCUUUUUCCCUGAAAAGAGGCGAAGAUAUUAUUCCCUAUCAAUUGGAAAUUGAUCGAACUCGUUGGAUUCCCGCUGCGACGAAAACCUAUGAAACGAUCUCCGUUUAUCGAGAAGUUUUUCUGGACAAUCAAGGCGACAAUCGGUUCACAUUUAUUUUGAAGGAUAUCGAAGGUUUGUUACAAGGAACUUCCGUUACAGAUAUUGACAGUUCAAUGCAAUAUCUUCGUUUCAUUCAUGGUUUCAUGUUCGAGGAGAAAACUUAUUGGUUCGGAUUACAAUUGUUAGAAAAUGGAAACUUAAUCUACUUUAUUUCACAAUUAACUCGAUACGGUUCACAUUAUAUUUAUAAAGAACUUUAUUCUCCAACAUUUGAAGAGAAUUAUGGUUCGGUCGGUAAAGUUCAAUUCGUUUUCUCUCAUCUAAUUUCGUCGAUUUCAAGUAGAUCAGAUUUUUCCAAAUUACUUGUGAUCAGUUAUACAAAAGAUUUCGAUGAUUCUAUUGUAGUUUUUUCUUUCGAUAAACUAUUGAAACUUUUCGAUGAGAUCGACCAAUCGACCUGUUACUAUUCGGAAGAAGUUUGGUCUGAACCUGUUACAAUGAGGAAUGGAUCGAACUGUAUCUUUACUAUUCAACAUUCGUCCAUAUUCAUGAGGAAAAAAUGGCAACUCGAAGGUUUCGUUAUGGAAAAUUUUUUACAUUCAGAAUGGAAUCGAAUCAUUGAUUUUGUACCACUUUCGUUGGUAGAAAGUCCAAAUCAUUGUUUUCUCGUUCUUUCCUCCGACAUCGAUUAUAGCAAAUAUCGAUAUUCAGUCCAUUUUAUUGAGAACUUUGAUUCGCCGAGUGGCUUUUCCCCCGAACGAAUAUUCAAUUUAGCUGGACCUCCAAAUGAAUCGACAAAAAUUUACUAUUUCCCAAUUCCAGUUCCUCAGGCUCUCAUAGUGAUUAACCAUUAUCACUAUUCUGAAGUGAUCUCUUUAUGUCCAAUGUUUGCCCGUUCGUGCCUCGAGUGUAUAACCCAACCGACCAUAAACAAUGAUCAAUACAAUAGAUAUUGCUCUUGGACAUUUGACGAAAUUUUCGACUCUGGAGUUUGUUUAAAUGAAGAUACGAUUGACCCUGAUUCAGAUUUUCAAAAGCGAAGUUUACCGCGAGAAUUUUCUGGUUACACUUUGAAUCCGUGUUUUAAAUUAUCGAAAAUUGUGACAUUCUAUUUACCUGAACAAUUGAUUCUUGGUAUUGAUUUAGAUCUGUCUGGUUAUGAUCAUCAGCUUACAAAUAUAUCACAACCAGAAAUCAAUUUAAUCAGCAAUUUAAGAGUUAUUGGAAGAUGUACCGUUACUAAAUUGUUCAAUUCCUUGAUAUCGGCCAAUUGUACUCGUGUGACCGAAGGUCAUUAUAAGUUAUUGGUAGUGUUUCAUCGUAACCUUUCAUCUUCUCCUGUUGACCCUUCGUCCAAUAUCAUUACAAUUAGUGACACUUUUAGUCCGAUUAACGGAACCGUUUUUCCAAACUCAACAAUUGAACCAACAGAGUCGAUUGAUUCUUCUAAAUCAGUUGAAACAGAUUCUAUGUCGUAUAGCUCGUAUCUUUACCUAAUUCCAUUGAUUGUCAUGGUUGUUGUCGUUUUCGGAAUAAUCGGAUGCACUAUCGGAAAAAGGUCGAGAAAUAUGACAAAAUUUCCGAGUUCGACGUCUCCAUUACCUGUGAAUUUGGACUCUUCGUUCAAAGUUGCCGAUUCUUCAUUUUCUUUGUACGACAGACCAACUAUAAGUCGAGUAUUGUAGAAUCAAUCAAACUGCUAUUAUGUAAAAAAAAACGAGAAUAAUUAAUGAAAAGAAAAUAUCUUCAGAUUGUUACUCAAGUUCGUUUCUUAUUUAAGUUAAUCACAAUUCGUCUCGAACAAGAAAUUUCGAACGUUUCAUCAA